AUGUCUGAAGAACUAAUUCUUCAUCACUAUGAUCUCUCGCCAUUUUCGGAGAAAAUACGUUUAGCAAUGGGUUUGAAAAAAUUAAAUUGGCAUUCCGUCAUUAUUAAUUCAAUGCCACCACGACCUUUACUUGAACCAUUAACUGGUGGCUAUCGUCGUACUCCAGUGCUUCAAGUAGGAGCUGAUAUCUAUUGUGAUACACAUCUUAUUUUACGUGCAUUGGAUCGUCUUCGUCCUGAUUCACCUGCACUCUUUGCGAAUAGUACAACGCAACCUCUCUGUUGGUGGUGGGACAAGGCAACGUUUGUGCCUGCAGUAGGAAUAUGGGCUAGUUUUUAUGGUGACAAAUUACCUGAUGAAUUUAUAGACGAUCGAAAACAAUUUGCGGCUGCUCUUGAUUUAUCGAAGGAAACAAACGAGAUAAAUAUGCCAUUAAAUAUUCAACGUAUUAACACACAUUUAGCAUGCUUGAUUGAUAUAUUAGCUGAUGGUCGUUCAUUUAUUCAAGAAGAACCAUCAGCAAUUGAUAUCACUGCAUAUCAUACACUUUGGUUUAUUAAACAUAAUUGUAAGGACAAAGCUCAAAAUUUUCUACCUGAAUUAUAUAAACCAGGAUUAUUAUUAUCAUGGUUUGAACGUGUAGCCGCUCUAGGUCAUGGUACAAGUGAAACUUUAACAGCAGAACAAGCAUUCGAUAUAGCUAAGCAAGCUGAACCUGCAGAACCUAAUUAUAUCAAAACAAAUUUGAAUAAUGGAUGGAUUAUUGGUGAAAAAUUACGUGUUACACCUGAUGACAGUGGUCGCGUACCAGUUGAAGGAACAUUGAUUGCUGUAGAUAAUCAUGAAAUUGUAUUGCGACUUUCAGAUACAAAAGCAGGCAAUAUCAAUGUUCAUUUUCCUCAAGCAGGAUUCGAUGUUACACGAGUGUAG